CAUUUUUAUUGUUGUUUUAUGAUUUCUGUCAAAAUAUUUAUUUCUUUUUGCCCAUCAUUCCAGAAGUCAAUAAAUAGUAAAUCUCUGUAUUUACAGCUACAUAUAUUUUAAUGUUUUCAGGUCCAAGAAUGGAUCAACUGCAUCAAGCACAUAUGCCACACAUUGUGCAGGUCUACCAGUCUUCUAUACCAAACAACAAGAUUGAAAGUCAGCUAAUUAAUAUUCCUCAUCCAUCAGUGCAAGGGUCACAAGAAAAAAUUACCUACCAGCAAACUCUAACACCUGAAACUCUUCACAUACCUGUAAAUAGUCUCUCGGACAAAGCUAUACAGAUAAAUCAGAAUCAGAUUUCAGUGCAAUGUCAGCAGGGACAUUUAAAUUUACAACCAAUGCAGGGCCAUAUGGCGUCACUGCAGAGUUCAGAUAUGGCACAUAGUUUGCAUAUAACUUCACAUAUGCUGUUACCUCAAGCACCUGUAUUCAAACAGCAUAUGUUAAUAAGUAGUGAACAACAAUAUUAUGCAUAUGGUUAUCAGAAGGAGCAGUGUCUUGUAACUAAAGUAGAGCCAGAGCUUGCUGAUAAAAAUAUGGAGUGUAAAACUGAAAGUACUACUGGAGCUGAAAUAGAAAUUGUGCCAUCAAAUAAAAGAACACGGAACCAAAUACCGAAUCCUGAAAAUUGGGCUUGUAAUGUACGUAAAAUGAAACAUCAAAGAGGGGAAGCAUACAUUAGCAGACGAGGGAAAUAUGUUCCAGAGAGGCGAGUGAAAAACACAAAAGACUGUUUAAAAACUUGUAAAUACAAGUGUAAUGAGAAGAUUAAUAAUACGGACCGAGAACAUAUAUUUAGGGCUUUCUAUUCAUUAAAUGCAAAUGAAAAGCGUCAUUUUUUACUAAAUACUACAGAAAGAAACUAUGCUAGACAUAAAGUUAUGGAUGCUCAGCACAAGAGGAGGUAUUCCUUUAAGUAUUUUUUCCUAGUUAGAGCUGUUAGAUAUACAGUUUGUAAGAAUUUCUAUUUAGGUACUUUAGCAAUAUCUCAAAAACCAGUUUAUAAUGUACAUUUAGGAAAGUCAGAUAUGAAUUUGCCCAAACCAGAUGGCAGAGGGUUGUCAGAAGCAAGUGCUCAUAGUUUGCCGACCGAGGUAAAGGACAGAGUUCGAAAACAUAUUAUGUCUUUUAAAACAGUUGAAUCAAAAUCUAUAAAACAGUACUCAAAGAAAAAGCAAUACUUGGCACCUGGUUUAAGUAUAAAAAAAAUGUAUACCUUGUAUUAUAAUGACUGCAGUAGUGAGAAUGUGGCACCUGUUAAAGAAUCGAUGUAUAGAAAGAUAUUAAAGGAAGAGUUUAAUUUACAUCUAAAAAAACUUAAAUCUGAACAGCAGUUAUGCUGUAGGUGUAAAGGUAAUAUUAAAAAGAAGUCCUAACUGCGAACUAGCUUAUAGAAAAUUUACACUUGCUGGAUAGAAAGUAGGUAUAAGUAUUAUUUGGUUUGUUAUUUUUAUAAAAUUUUACAGGGUUAUUGUGUAGGUUAUUGUCAAUUAAUGUGAAUAAUUUGGAUGUGAAUCUGUUAAAUGAUGUCUCAUAAUUAUUAAUUUGACUAUUAAUUACUAAAUACAGCUGAAUCAAUUUGUUUUAUGAUUUUAAGUUCUUUGUAGCACAAUACAUAAUAAAUUUAAUAUAAGU